CCCUAGUCCGUUGCUGCCGUAUUGCCUUGUUUCGUUUCACGUCGUCGUUCCUCUUCCCGCUACAGCGAUGCCGAAGCAUGCGGCGGAGGAGGGCGGUGAAGAAGAGGAGUCAUCGCAACCAGCCCUCAGGUUCACACCGGGAUCUGACGUGUGCAAGGCUCUCAUGGAUCGCUACGGCAAGUCCUCCGCCCCGCAGCACCGCCACCUCUGCGCCUCCGCCGCCGCCAUCCGUUCAAUUCUCCAAGAGGAGGGACUUCCCCUCACCCCUACGCUCUACUUCGCCGCCGUCAUCACGGCCAUGCGCGAUGCCGACGCAUCGGACCAUGGCGCUGUCGCUACUUUCUCUGCGUUCCUCGCUAUCCUUCUCCCGUUCGUGCCUUCCGAGUCCCUUCCACCGUGUAAGACCAAAGACGCCGCCGGUGUUCUUGCUGCUCGCCUUCAGGAUUCGGCUACUGAGCUUCCCACUGGGGCUGUGCGGUCAAUAGUCAAGUCUCUGGGUGUUUUGGUGCUUCAGAUGGAUUUGGAGGACUGGUUUUCUUUCAAAUUGCCUUUGCAAGUGCUUGUGGCGCUCACUGUCGAUAAGCGGCCAAAGGUGCGGAGAUCUGCCCAAGUAUCUGUUGAGAAGGUAUUUGAAGUAUUCAAGAGCUUUGGCAUCAUCAAAAAGGCGAGCAAGGUUAUGUUAUCUUUGUACAAGAAAUACAUAUCUUUGGCUGCAGAAAUGUGUACUACUGAAAUGUCUGGUGUGACUGAUUUGAAAGAGCUACCCAAAAGUGAACAUCCGGAAAUCAUCCAUAUGCUUAUAGUCCUUAAACUUAUUGUCCCGUACCUAUCUGAGAAAGUAAGGAUGGAGAUCUUUUCUGAUGCUCAGAGGUUCUUGAGUUGUGCUUCCUCGUCGCUUACAAGACAUGUCAUUGAACUUAUUGAUUCUUUAAUACAACAAACAGAAGCUAAUAUUCUUUUGACUGAAUCAGACAAAAUCAUAUUUGCUUUUACAUCUUAUUUAUCUUCUACUGAGAAGAAUCCUGACGAGACAAUAGUUUCUCGAUUGAAGUUGUUGAGAAAUUUGUUGAACAAGCUCCAUACUUUUCAACCCACCAUAUGGAUCAGCAAACUUCCUGUGGUCUUUAUGUCAGUUAAAGGAUAUCUGGAUGCUGAUGACGAUAUAUCAGAAGUUGUUGCUGAAAUCUUGAAAGACUUGAUUAAUGUUCAGAUUGAUUUAAGCCUUUCACUGCCUAUUGCAAACCAAUCAUGUGAUAAUAUUGAACAUAGCAAUUAUCAAAAAAAGAAAAGAAUUGAACAUAGCAGCCCUGAGAUAAGUGCAAUUGUAAAUAUCAUUUCAAGCAUAAAAAGUUUGCUUGAUGCUUGCACUUCUCCCACUGGACAUAUGCUUGGUGUAAUUUCAGUUUUCUUUCUUAAACUUGGUAAGAUGUCAAACCUAUUUAUGACGGAUAUAUUGCUUAAAUUAUCACGGUAUGCAAGGAAAGCUGAUGCAAACUCACCUUCAAUGGAAUCUCUUUGUGAAUGUAUUGGAUCUGCUGUGACUGCUUUAGGUCACGAGGUGUUUAUAUCAAUUCCAUUAUCUUUCAAUGAAAAUAAAUUUACAAUUUCAAAUAUUUGGAUGAUACCUAUACUAAAGAAAAAUAUGCGUGGAGCAUCAUUACAGUUCUUCAUGGAACACAUAUUCCCACUUGUUAAAUGUGUGCAACAAGCUUGUGCUGAAGUCACCAGUACAAGAUUACAACAGAGGCUCAAAACAUAUGUACGCCAAUUGUGGGAUUUGCUUCCUGCUUUUUGUCACUAUCCAACUGAUACUUCUGAAAGCUUUGAUUCCCUUGCCAAGACACUUCUAGAUCUUAUAAAAAAUGAUUCCUCUUUGCAUGAAGUCAUAUCAAUAAGCCUGCAGACACUUGUGAUGGAGAAUUUAGGUGUUCUUCGGGCAAAGCAAGAUAUGAAUCAGCAUGCCAUGGUGGAUAGUCUUGGAUUGAAAAGUUCCAACAAGUCACAAAGCUUCGCUAUUGAGUAUACAAAGGAAACUGCAUCGAAAAACAUAGAGGCUUUGACAUCCAAUUCUAUGGUUUUGAUUCAGACUCUUGCAGAUGUUUUCUUUGGUGCUCCUCCUGAAAAGCAUGCUGUUCUGAAGGAUGCGAUAGAGUCAUUGUCUUCACUUGUCAAGAGUGAUGAUCUUCAUAAAUUUUUCCUAUCAUUGUUGAAAAAGUUUGAUCAAUUUAAUACAUUAGAGAAAUCUAAUAAACUCUGUGAGGAUGACACUGAAAAUGCUGACAAAAAGGAAGAGAAUCAGGAAACAAGUACAACAGAGAAAAUCCAAGAAAGGUGCUUGGUAGUUAAACUUGUGUCCUCGUUCAUUCAAGCCUCUGAUGGGGAUCUGGUUAACUUGAUAUUUGAUUUUAUCAAGUCAUCGUUAUUGGCUACAGAUACCACAAAUAAAGCAGAUGAACUUUUUGCUUUGAGAAAAAUUAUUGAGAAGCAUAAUUGGUUUUGUGCUGCUCGGACUGAUGAUUUGAUUCAUCUACUCCACAGUUUAGAAAACCUUGGAGAUUAUAAGGCUGAAACAUAUCGAAUAUCUUGCUACCAUUUAUUAUUGGUUCACAUAAUAAAAAUGAAUGUGGAGGAAAGUAAUGCAAAAGCCUUUCUAAUUUUGAAUGAUAUCAUACUCAUCCUAAAGUCAAAGAAAGCAUCCAGAAAACUAGCAUACGAUGUGUUAUUGGCAACUAGUAGUAGCCUGAAGGAUUGCCAUUCUGAUAAUUCACAAUCAGAUCUUAGGCGGCUAUUUGUCAUGGUAAUGGGCUAUCUCUCUAGUGAAUCUACUCACAUCAUGAGUGGUGCAGUAUCUGCUCUUUCAUUGCUUAUAUACAACGAUGCUGAGUUUUGUCUGUCUGUGCCGAACCUGAUACCUUCUGUUCUGUUCUUGCUUCAAAGCAACUCAAAUGAAGUUAUUAAAGCAGCGUUAGGCUUUGUCAAAGUGUUGGUUUCCUCUGUGAAAUUAGAGAACCUUAAUAAUUUAGUUCCUGAUAUCCUGAAAGGAAUAUUGCCAUGGUCAGAAGUUACCAAAUAUCAUUUCAGAUCAAAGGUUGUAGUUAUACUUGACAUUCUCAUCAGGAAGUGUGGUCUUGAGGCAGUUGAUCGUAACUCACCCAAAAAAUAUAAGGUUUUCUUGAAAUCCAUUCAUCAGGCCCGUAAGAACAAGAAGAAACAUAGCGGUUCAGCUAAAGAUGAAGCUAAAUCUAAUUCGAAAGAUCUUGCCUACAAACGAGGAAAGAAAAGGACUCGUAAUGAAAUAGAAGAGAAGGGUCCAGGGUUAGGUAGCAAGAGCGAAAGAGGAAGGGAGAAGAAACAAAGGACUAAUGCUUACAUUGCAAACAGGGCUCAGAAGCCUGUAGAUAGAAGUAGACAUCGACAUGCUCCUGACCGCACGACAAUGGACAAGAACAGAACGAUUAGUAAGAAAAAUUUCAAUCAGAAAACAAAGGAAGUUCCUAGAGUACAGGCCAAAAGAAAAUCACAAAUACGAAGAACAGGAUAAUGUAGCAGAGGUAGUAGCUCUGUACAUCUAUCUGUUAGUGUCCAUGGACGCAAAGGAUGAAUCGAACCAAACACAAAUGCGACAAAAGGGUGAGUUAGAUUUCUCAAUCGAAGGGUUGAGACUAUGGAUGCCAUGUCAAGUGCUUUUGGUAUAGUUCACUGAAACUAUGCCAGUUUUAUUAUGUUACAUUGUUCAUGUUGGGUACAAAUGUAUCGUUCGUGGAUCCACCGUAUCCAUCUCUGAAGAAUCAGAAGCAUGCCAAAUCUGUAACGGAAGCAAGGAUUGUAGUGUUUUGGCUCCCAGAUGUAUAAACUGAAUUUAGUUUAUUUACUCUGUUUAUGUAUUCGUUGAAUGGAUAAUUUAAAUAUUCAUUCUUUAUAAUUUGCACCUUAA